AUGAAGCAACCACCAGCAGCUCCUGUAAUUUUCUCCUUCCUCCACUUCUUUUUCUUUAUUCGUGACACCACUUUGACGUCUAUUGACAAGCCAGCGCACAACAUCCAGAUAGCGCAGACGCGGCGGCGGCGCACUGGCCUGUUGCUCUCGGCACUGUCGGCCGUGGCAUUCGCAGUGAUGACGCUUUUGGUGCGCAAGCUGACAGACGCCGGAGUGACGUCCCUGCAGAUAAUGUUCUGGCGCAGCCUAGUACAGUCCCUGCUGGCCAUCCCCAGCUGCCUGGCCCUGGGCAUUUCGCCGCUGCGGAUGCAGUGGGUAUUGGUGCGGGCGGUGUUUGGCGGCAUCGGCCAUAUGCUGUAUUACUACGCUUUGGCCAAUUUGCCAAUGGGCGUGGCCACAGUUUUGUUUUUCACAAACCCGCUUUUCACUGCAUUGCUUCGCCUACUGGCUCAUGCGCGAAGAUGUGUCCUGGCGGGAAUCGCGCUUAUAGUCAAGCCGACAAUGGAGGGCGUGUCGCCGUGGGCAUUGCCUCUGCAGCCUCUGGCGUACGUCAGCAUUCGGCUGGCUGGCCCCUCAGUACACGCUCUGGUGCAUGUCGUUUAUUUUGGCCUGCUGGGAAUGGUGGGCAGCGCUGCUGUGUCCUUUUUCAAUGGCGAGACAUGGGUGGUUCCGGUAACUUUUGCCGGGUGGGCGGUGGUGCUGGGCGUGGGAGCGAUGGCGUUUUUGGCGCAGUUUCUGAUGAAUUCCGGACUGCAGAUGGCCAGUGCUGGAGCAGCGGUGAUGAUGCGCAACAGCGAUAUCGCCAUUACAUUCGUGCUUGACAUUGUCCUAUUCGGCGUGGUCCCGGAUAUUGCCAGUGUUGCGGGCGCAUUCCUUAUUUCGCUUGCAGUCAUUCUCAUGAGCCUCUAAUAAAAUAAAGCUAUACCC